CUUUGGUGGGGAAAUUUAUCAAAAGCUUUUUGGAAGUCCAAGUAUACUAUGACGACUGGAUCACCUUUAUCCACAAGCCUGUUGACACUCUCAAAGAACUCCAAAAGGAUGCAGCCAGCACUUGGGACCGGGUGCCAGCCAAACAGUGACGCCUGGUGGGGGGACCACAGAGCCCCCCACUGAAGCCACCUUCCCCCCCUUCCCGUGGAGCUUGAAAGGUGACACAUUAUGGAUAUAGGAGGUCUGGAGACCGUCGUGGCCAACUCGGCCUACGUCUCGGCUCGUGGGAGCGGGGAUGGCGGCGGGGGCGGUCGGGACAAGAAGAUGCGGGCGAAGCUGAAGCUGCCGCACAUCACCCAGUGCGAGCACCUCAAGGACACCCUGAACCUGGAUUUCAACUACAUCUGCGUCAGGCAGCCCAUCGGCAAGAGGAUCUUCCAGCAGUUCCUGGAGGAGACCGACGAAUUCAAGGCGGCCGCCGGGCUCUGGAAGAGCAUGGAGGACUACAACAUAUCGGAGGAGGCCGAGAGACCUCAGAGCGCACAGAAGAGCGUCAACAAGUACUUCGAUUCGGCCUCCAAGGAGUUCUGCUCCUUCCUCGAGGAGAAGGCGAUCAUGCGGGUGAAAGAAGACGCCAAGCAUGGACAUGGGGACCUCUUCAAGGAGUCCGAGCAGCACUUGCUGAAGUACCUGGAGCAGAAGGCCCUCAGCAAGUACAAGGACAGCCUCCAUUUCUUCCGCUUCCUCCAGUUCAAGUGGCUGGAGUCCCAGAGCGUCACCGACGAGUGGUUCAUGGACUUCCGGGUGCUGGGGAAAGGGGGUUUCGGGGAGGUGUGUGCCUGUCAGAUGAAGGCCACCGGCAAGAUGUACGCCAACAAGCGCCUCAACAAGAAGAGACUCAAGAAGCGCAAAGGAUAUGAGGGGGCGAUAGUGGAGAAGAGGAUCCUUGCCAAAGUCCACAGUCGCUUCAUUGUCACCUUGGCGUACGCCUUCCAGACCAAGACAGACCUCUGCCUUGUCAUGACGCUGAUGAACGGGGGAGACCUUCGGUACCAUGUCUACAACGUUGACGAGAAGAACCCGGGGUUCUCAGAGUCCCGGGCAAUUUUCUACACGGCUCAGAUUAUCUGUGGCUUGGAGCACCUCCACCAAAACCGUAUCGUCUAUCGGGACCUCAAGCCAGAAAAUGUCUUAUUGGACAAUGAAGGGCACGUCCGUCUUUCGGAUUUGGGCUUGGCAGUGGAACUAGAGGAUGGAAAAGAUAAGACCAAAGGCUAUGCGGGCACCCCAGGGUUCAUGGCCCCCGAGCUCCUCAAAGGAGAGGAAUACGACAUGAGUGUCGACUACUUCACGCUGGGAGUCACUCUCUUCGAGAUGAUUGCAGCCAAGGGGCCCUUCCGCAGCAGAGGGGAGAAGGUCGAGAACAAGGAGGUGACCCGACGCAUCCUGAACGACCCGGUGGCCUACCCGGACACGUUCAGCGCCGAGUGCAAGGCCUGCUGCGAGGGGCUGAUGGCCAAGGACCCCGCGGCGCGGCUGGGCUUCAGGAACAACGAGUGCGCGGAGCUGAAGAGCCAGCCCCUCUUCCAGAAGGUGAACUGGGGCCGGCUGGACGCAGGCCUGGUGGAGCCCCCUUUUGUGCCGGACCCCAAGGUGGUGUACGCCAAGGACAUCGGAGACGUGGGUGCCUUUUCCACGGUGAAGGGAGUCAUGCUGGACGACACAGACAAAGCAUUUUACGACGACUUCUCGACAGGGAACAUCCCCAUCCCCUGGCAGGAGGAGAUGAUCGAGACGGGGAUCUUUGGGGAGCUCAACGUUUGGGGGGCCAAGGGCUCCGUUCCUCGGGACCUGGACCGCAGCGCGCCCCCCUCCGCCGUCUCCAGCAAAUCAGGGACCUGCCUUCUGCUCUGAAGGGGGCUGCUCCGGCAGCCUCCCGCUCUCACAGAACUGGAGAGGACGUACAGCAAGGACAAGCUUUGGGAUACAGGUCGAGGCUAAACCCCUGGGCCACAAUGCCGCUCCAGAGUCGUGGGGGAGAGACCCGGCGUCCCGGCUCGCCCCCUUCCCUUCCGCCACGUGUCCUGGAGCCCAAACUCAAGGGGAGGCUUGUUCCCACUUUCCUCCCUAACCCCUAGACUGUACAUCCUUGCUAGAGGUAGGAGAUGCCGCCCGGAGGCCCUCCCUGCUUUUAACCGACCGGUCAGUUCUGCUUGUGUUCCCUGGCCUCUUUUGGAGCCCAGGAGGAGGUUCCCUCCUCCGCGGACUCCUGCCCUGGGCAGUCUGUCCACUUUGCGGGUGAAAAGCGAACCCUGCCAGUUCGAGCAAAGGCGAGUGGCCUGGUGGCGGGGAGAGAGGGAGCUGCCGUCUCAGGCAGGAGAGGGCCCACCUCGAGGCUCUCCAGCCCCUGUUGGACCACAACUCUCAUCAGCCCCUGUUGCAGGCGGCGGGAGCAGCUGUGGUCCAAGCCAGCUGGGGAGCCUCAGGUCCCCUCCUCCUCCUUGAAGACGUUCCCAAGACCUGCUCCGUUCCCAGUUUCCUCGUGGAGCACCGGACUCGGCUGAGAUCCCUGGUGCUGAAGGAAUGGAACCCAGAAGGCAUAGUCUCUUGUCUCUGGCAAUAGAGUUCCUAGGGCUCUGGAUUCCUCUGUUAUGUAAUGUUAUCUCCCACCCACCCUUAGGGAGUUAGAGCAGGGUGGUGCUGGGAAAGGGAGGGUGGACACACUCUGGCCCAGGAAGACUGCAUGGAGCCACGACAGGGUCCUCAGCCCCCCGACGCCGCCAUCGGAGGCCCCUCUCCAGCCAC